AGCAGAAUUCCAGUCAUGGCCAGACUCGUGGUCCUCCUCCUGCUCCUGCUGCUGUGUGGCUGCAAGAACAGCCUCUGCUCCACCUCCUUGGAGGCUCAGAAGGAGGCGAACACCAACGACAACAGCACGGUCUUCACCAGGAUCCUGGACGGGCUCCUGGACGGAUACGACAACCGGCUCCGGCCCGGGCUCGGAGAGAACGUCACCGAGAUCAAGACCAAUAUCUUCGUCACCAGCUUCGGGCCGGUGUCCGACACGGAGAUGGAAUACACCAUCGACGUCUUCUUCCGUCAGAGCUGGAAGGACGAGCGCCUGUGCUUCAAGGGGCCGAUGGAGCAGCUGCCGCUCAACAACCUGCUCGCCAGCAACAUCUGGACCCCGGACACCUUCUUCCUGAACGGCAAGAAGUCCAUCGCCCACAACAUGACCACGCCCAACAAGCUGCUGAGGCUGACGGACGACGGCACCUUGCUCUACACCAUGAGACUGACCAUAUCAGCAGAAUGCCCCAUGCAGCUGGAGGAUUUCCCCAUGGACGCACACGCCUGCCCUCUCAAGUUUGGCAGCUAUGCCUAUCCGGUGUCGGAGGUGGUGUACACGUGGACUCAGGGAGCGGCGAAGUCUGUGGUGGUGGCCGAGGACGGCUCCAGACUCAACCAGUAUCAUCUGAUCGGCCAGACCGCCGGCACAGAGGACAUACACACCAGCAGAGGACAGUACACCGUGAUGAUGGCCCACUUCUACCUGAAGAGGAAGAUUGGCUAUUUUGUCAUCCAGACGUACAUGCCCUGCUUCAUGACGGUCAUCCUGUCCCAGGUCUCGUUUUGGCUGAACCGUGAAUCGGUUCCUGCGAGAACCGUCUUUGGCGUGACCACGGUCCUGACCAUGACCACCCUCAGCAUCAGCGCCAGGAACUCGCUCCCCAAGGUGGCCUACGCCACAGCCAUGGACUGGUUCAUCGCCGUGUGCUACGCCUUCGUCUUCUCCGCCCUCAUCGAGUUCGCCACGGUGAACUACUUCACCAAGAGGAGCUGGGCCUGGGACGGAAAGAAGGCUCUGGAAGCACAGCACCCGAAGAAACGAGAUCCCAUGGUGCUUUCCAAAAAGCCCAACAACGUUUGCUCGGCCGGCGUCAACUACACCCCCAACCUCAACAAGGACGUGUCCAUCUCCACCAUCUCCAACACCACGUCGGUGCAGCUCCGGACCUCCGAGACCAAGAUGGUGGACCCCAAGAAGACCUACAACAGCGUCAGCAAGAUCGACAAGAUGUCGCGGAUAGUGUUCCCCGUGCUGUUCGGAACCUUCAACCUGGUCUACUGGGCCACGUACCUCAACAGGGAACCGGUGGUGAAAGGAGUGGUCACCUCCACGUAA